UUUUCUUGUUUAAUUACCAAAACCUUAGAAUUUCAUGAAACUCCUUUAGAUUUAUUUUAGUCCUCAUUUUAAUUUUUUUGGAAAAUUAACUCUCUUUUUUCAUCAAUUUGCUUUGGGCUCAAUUCUUAAAAAUGUUUUGACCUCUAGGGGUCGAGCCUUAUCUUCAUUUCUAUGGUCUAACUUAGCACGUACUGAGUAACAUGCUCGUUAUCUCUUUUGCAUUUGUUCGUGGCCAAAGUGCAUUGGAAAAGGAUCUUUACAAUACUGAUCGUGAAAUAAUUAUAGGAAAAGGAGAACCAACGAAGUACCUUUGGCAUCUAAAGGAACUUCAAGUGAUUAUGGUGAACUUAAGCUUUUGCAAUGUGUUUGAUAUUGCUAAUUUCGUUGAUAAAUGCCCGGUUCUUGAGAGGAUUUUCAUUGAUAUGCAAGACUUCAGUUUCAUGGACAAAUGGGGUGUAAAUGAUAGAGCAACAAUAGAGAAAUAUGAUAAACAUCUUGGUUUCCUGAAACUGGUGAAGUUGUCAAACUGCGAGUUCAAGAUAACUGAAGUAGAAUUGCUCAAGUUCUUCCUCCAAAAGGCGAUAAAUUUGGAAGACGUUGCUAUUUUUACCAGAAAGAAGUCUUCUCAUGUUUCUGAUGAUUUUAUAGAGCUCCUCAACUCUUGGAAAUUAUCUCCUGAAGCUAAAGUGGUUGUUUAUGAUUCCAAACAUUUUGGUGCUUUUCUUCCUACACAUGGUUCGACAUCGACUAUUCGACUUAAGAACCGGUACGUGACAUAUGAGGGUGUUUGAUGUUGAAUCGGCUACCCGCCCGGCCACUUCAGGCCGGAGAUGGUCGGGUAAGAACUUGAGUGUGAUUUUGAAUCGACUAACCCGGUCAUUUCAUGGAGAUGCAUGAAAUGGCCGGGUAAGAACUUGGGAAUUACGAGAAUGCAUCUCGAUCUAAGUUUGAUUUUUAUUUUUAUGUUUUUGAGUUUGCAAAUUAUAUAUGUUAGUGAACAGCAAAUUAACUAGACAGACUAACGUGUAAUGCAAAGUUGCAUGUAGGUAUGUCAAGUUUAAAUGUUUUUUUUGUUUUUAUUGAAUUUAAAGGAUGUUUUUGUUUUCUGUCCGUCUAAGAGCAUCUCUAAUGGUAAGUUAAUUUAACAAUUAGCUUGUUAUGCAACAUAAGAUUUCAAGCUA